AUGGCUUCCCAACCCCAACCGAGCGGCAUCGACACGGACGCGUCCAUGUCGGACGCUCCCGAAAACCGCCGUGGCGAGGAAGUCGACGUCGACGAAACCCCAGAUUAUACCGACUCGGACACCAACCCCAACACAACAGCCAGCAGCGUCGUCGGUGAGCCCUUGACCGAUGGCCGCAAGCGACGCACCGAGGCGAACCAAUUGCGCCGCAGCAUUUUUGGCAGGAAGCAUGACCGUCUCGGCGAAUCCAAGGUAGGCAAGCGGCAGCCUGCUGUGGUGCUGCCCGUCCGUACCCACGACACGUCGAUGCUAACCGCCGCCUUGCAGGAGGAUGACACCAUCCGCAGAUUUCGAUAUCUCCUGGGCCUCACAGAUCUCUUCCGUCAUUUCAUCGAGACGAAUCCCGACCCCAAGAUUCGCGACAUCAUGGCCGAGAUCGAUCGUCAAAACGCCGAGGCCGCGCGGUCAAAAAAGGGCGGCGCGAGGCAAGGCGGCGCCACGAGCGAGAGGCGUCGACGGACCGAGGCCGAGGAAGACGCCGAGCUGCUCAAGGACGAGAAGCACGGAGGCUCCGCCGAAGUCGUCUUUCGAGAGUCGCCCACCUUUAUCCAGGGCACCAUGAGAGACUACCAGGUCGCCGGUCUCAACUGGCUCAUAUCGCUGCACGAGAACGGCAUCUCGGGCAUCCUCGCCGAUGAGAUGGGCUUGGGCAAGACGCUCCAGACCAUCUCUUUUCUCGGCUACCUCCGCCACAUCGCCGGCAUCACCGGCCCGCACCUAAUCACCGUUCCGAAAUCCACGCUCGACAACUGGAAGCGCGAGUUUCAGAGGUGGACGCCCGAAGUCAACGUCCUCGUUCUCCAGGGUGCCAAGGACGAACGCCAUAACCUCAUCAACGAGCGUCUCGUCGACGAAAAAUUCGACGUUUGCAUCACGAGUUACGAGAUGAUUUUGCGGGAGAAAGCCCACCUGAAGAAGUUUGCUUGGGAGUACAUCAUCAUUGACGAAGUAAUCCCCCCCCCCGACGUCUUCGCGAGCACCGCUAACGUUCCUCAGGCCCAUCGGAUCAAGAAUGAAGAAUCAUCCCUUUCGCAGGUCAUUCGCCUCUUCUCCUCGCGCAACCGACUGUUGAUUACGGGAACGCCUCUGCAGAACAACCUCCACGAGCUCUGGGCGCUCCUCAACUUUCUUCUCCCCGACGUUUUCGGCGACUCCGAGGCGUUCGAUCAGUGGUUUUCCGGACAGGAUCGCGACCAGGAUACCGUCGUCCAGCAGCUGCACCGUGUGCUCCGUCCGUUCUUGCUCCGAAGGGUCAAGAGCGAUGUGGAGAAGAGCCUUCUGCCGAAGAAGGAAGUCAACCUCUACCUCGGCAUGUCCGACAUGCAAGUCAAGUGGUACAAGAAGAUCCUGGAAAAGGACAUCGAUGCCGUCAACGGCGCCGGCGGAAAGCGCGAGUCCAAGACGAGGCUUCUCAACAUCGUCAUGCAGCUGCGCAAGUGCUGCAACCAUCCGUACCUGUUCGAGGGCGCCGAACCUGGCCCGCCCUACACGACCGACGAGCACCUCGUCUUCAACGCCGGAAAGAUGGUGGUGUUGGACAAGCUCCUGGCCCGCAUGCAGAAGCAAGGCAGCCGCGUCUUGAUCUUCUCCCAGAUGAGCCGUCUGCUGGACAUCUUGGAGGACUACUGCGUCUUUCGGCAAUACAACUACUGCCGGAUCGACGGCGGAACGGCCCACGAAGAUCGCAUUGCUGCCAUCGACGAGUACAACAAGCCUGGCUCGGAGAAGUUUGUCUUCCUUUUGACGACGCGAGCGGGUGGCCUGGGCAUCAACCUCACAACGGCCGACAUUGUCGUCCUCUACGACAGCGACUGGAAUCCCCAGGCCGACUUGCAAGCCAUGGAUCGUGCUCAUCGAAUCGGCCAGACGAAGCAGGUGGUUGUCUACAGAUUCGUCACGGACAAUGCCAUCGAGGAAAAGGUCUUGGAGCGAGCGGCUCAGAAGUUGCGCCUCGAUCAGCUCGUCAUCCAGCAGGGCCGCGCCCAGAUCGCCGCCAAGGCUGCCGCCAACAAGGACGAGCUCCUGUCUAUGAUUCAGCACGGGGCCGAGAAGGUUUUCCAGACCAAGAGUGCCGCGAGCAAGGAAGGCGACGGCGCGGAUGAGUACGACAUUGACGAAAUCCUGGCCCAGGGCGAGAACCGGACGAAGCAGCUGAGCUCAAAGUACGAGAAGCUGGGCAUCGACGACUUGCAAAAGUUCACGUCGGAGUCGGCCUACGAAUGGAACGGCGAGAACUUUGCCAAUGUCAAGAAGGAUAUCAACUUGAACUGGAUCAACCCGGCCAAGCGAGAGCGCAAGGAGCAGUCGUACUCGAUGGACAAGUACUUCAGGCAGGCCAUGUUCCCCAAUCCCAAGGCGGACGCGAAACCGAAGGCGCCUCGAGCUCCGAAGCAGGUACCCGUGCACGACUACCAGUUCUACCCUCAGCGUCUGCGAGACAUCCAGGAUAGGGAGACGGCCUUUUACCGGAAGGAGAUUGGGUACAAGAUCCCACUCGUCGACGGGGACUCGGACACACUCUCGGAGCGGGAAGCCGAGCGAGCGCUCGACCAGCAAGAGAUUGACAACGCGACCCCGCUGACGGACGAGGAGCGACAGGAGAAGGAGGAGCUCUCGGAACAGGGGUUCGGUCAGUGGAACAAGAGAGACUUUCAACAGUUCGUCAACGGCUCCGGAAAGUACGGCCGGGCCGACUACGAGGGCAUAUCCCAAGAGAUUGGCAGCAAGACGCCGGCGGAAAUCAAGACGUACGCAAAGGUCUUCUGGCAGCGGUACACGGAGAUUGCCGAUUACACCAAGUACAUCAAGGUCAUCGAGGAUGGCGAGGAGCGAACGCGCAAGAUUGAUAACCAGCGGAAGCUUCUUCGGAAGAAGAUGCAGCAGUACAGGGUGCCUCUGCAGCAGCUCAAGAUCAACUACUCGGUCUCCACGACGAACAAGAAGAUUUACACGGAGGAAGAGGACCGAUUCCUCCUCGUCUUGCUGGACAAGUUCGGCAUCGACUCCGAGGGCCUGUAUGAGAAGAUGCGCGACGAAAUUAGGGACUCGCCACUCUUCCGCUUCGAUUGGUUCUUUCUCAGCCGCACGCCGACGGAGCUCUCGCGCCGCUGCACGACGCUGCUCACAACCAUUGUCAAGGAGUUCGAGGAAGCACCCUCGCGCGGCGCCAAUGGCGUGAACGGCAAGUUGAAGCGCGAGAUGGACGACGAAAACGACGAGGACAGCGUGCUGGGAAUGGCGCCGGCCAAGAAGAAGUCCAAGACGGGAGCCAAGAAUAAAGCCCUGGAACAUGUCAAGCCGGGCAAAUCCGCCUCGGCCGCGCCGUCGAGAGCCUCCAGCGUCGCCUCCUCGGUGGCCGGCUCGGCAAAGGGGAAAAAGCAGAAGGGGCGAAAGAGGUGA